UCCGCUCCGCCCUACGGGACAUGCAGCAACCGCCGCCCAAGGACACGAGUGACGAAGAGACACUAAGAAAAAAGUCUCGUCUGGACGAUGGCGACGAUGUUUCGCGAGGGUGAAGGGUCUGAAGGCUCUGAGGACGAAAUUGAUGAACUGGAGCGGUAUUUUAGAGACGCCAAAGCAGUGUCUAGUGAGGACUUGUUAGCAUGGUGGAAAUCAGCGGGUGCUUAUCCAAGGUUGCAGCUCCUUGCCAUGAGGAUACUAGCAAUUUCAGCGACAAGUGCCUCUUCGGAAACAGUGUUUAGCAAGGCGGGCUUUAUCUUAAGUGACCGGAGGAAGAGACUAGCGCCCAAAACAGUGGAUGCUAUAAUUUUCCUUCACCAACACCUCAACAGCCGUCGUCGAUUUGAGAAUGGAGAGGACGGCGAGGGGCAGUGAAUGGCAAUCAACAAAUGUGUACUUUAUGUUAAAUGUUGCACAUUUUAUACAUCUGUUGUUUUGUUUGUUU